AUGGACUCGCUCAAACCACAAACUCAAGUCCGAGUCCAGCUCGUUGGUGUGAGUUGUUGGGGCCUCAAAGAGCUGGAUGCGGAAGUUGAAGAUCUUCUCCAGGUCCUUGAUGCUCGUGUUGAACAGAUCGUACUCCGCCAGCUGAGCACCUCUGCAUUCCAUCAUCCUGAAAAGAUUGCGAGAACUUCUCCUGAGCGGACCCAAACAAAGAUAUAUACGAACGCUUUGUACUCAAUCGGGCAAUCUCGAUCGGCAUCCAAAUGA